AUUUUCAGUUCCUUUUUUUGGACCAUAUCCUGACUCAACAUUAUAUUCCGAUUCAACAUUAUUUUAUGCGGUUUCUGUGCGAAAAUAUAUUACUUUUGCUGACGAAGUCGAUAUUCCCACCAGUAACAGUCCUCUCUCAUAUUUGGAACGUUUUCUAUCAAUCAUCAAUGUCUUCUACAAAAUAUAUUACUGAAGAAUUUGGUUCAUUGUAUGAUUUGGAUUAUAGAGUAUACUUUAAGGAUCAGAAUGACCGCCAUAUCUCACCAUGGCAUGAUAUACCUUUGUUUGUGGAUGAAUCAAAGAAAAUUUACAACAUGGUAAUUGAAAUUCCUCGAUGGACAAAUGCUAAAAUGGAAAUAUCAACCAAGGAAUCGAUGACACCGAUCAAACAAGAUGUGAAGAAUGGUGAACCACGAUUUGUGGAUAAUUUUUUCCCAUUUAAAGGCUACAUUUGGAACUACGGUGCGCUCCCGCAAACAUGGGAAGAUCCCAAGCAUAAAGAUCCUGAUACAGGAGCUUACGGUGAUAAUGAUCCAAUUGAUGUGGUCGAAAUUGGUUCCAAAAUUCAUCGACGUGGUGAUGUGAUAUCAGUAAAAGUCAUCGGUGUUAUUGCAUUGAUUGAUGAAGGUGAAACAGAUUGGAAAUUGAUUGCUAUCGAUAUGACAGAUGAGAAGGCGGAUCAGAUUAAUGAAAUUAAAGACAUAGAGAAGCAUUUUCCUGGUCUUCUGAAAGCAACACGUGAAUGGUUCCGCAAUUACAAGAUUCCGGCAGGUAAACCAGCCAAUCAGUUUGCGUUCAAUGGAUUAUUCAAAGAUGCUGACUUUGCACAUGGUAUCAUUUCUGAAACGCAUGAAUUCUGGAAGUGUCUUAUCAAAGAACCAUCACCACAGCUAAAUACUGAAAUGACGUCUGAUAUGGAUGGAGCGGCGCAUCGAGCAAACAGUAAUAACUGGAAAAAAAUCAUUACUCAGCAAUCAUCGCGUGGUGCUGAGAAAGGUAUUCCUAAAAAAUUGGAUAAAUGGCAUUAUAUUGUAGAGUGAUUUCGGAUUCCAUUUUGUUGGGCUUUUUACAAUUUCAAACCUAUUUAAGGGCUAACAUUCCUUCUUUACUACCAUUUCAAGC